AUGUCGGGGACACACGAGUACCAUCUGCGAAGGAAGACGCCAAACGGCACCAUUGACGCCGGUUAUGAUGGGACUCCUGUCGAGCUGGCAUCACAGCCACCGCCGUUCAAGCAGAUGGUGAUCCCGGGCUCGCUUCAUACGGCGAUGGGAAAUGCUCGACUGCCGACGGAAUAUCAGCCUGCGCAACAACAUAAUCCCUAUGGACCGGACAGGGUCUUCAAUCAUUCUGUAAAUCCGUACGCGAGUUUCGUGCCGCAGCUCUUCAACAGGCAAGAUGUAACGAUGGAUUGCGCCCCAAACCUGCCAUCUGCCGCCUAUCAGAACCCGACCCAAGGAUCCCGCAUACCAACCGCUCUCCAACCCAUGUACCACCACCCACCUGGGCCAGCGUUAUUCAACCCGGGCGGUCCUCUGCCGCCAAACUGGCAUGAUGGCAGCUUUGGCAACUACCAACCGGUGCCACCGACUGUCUCCCAAUAUGGCAUUUCACCAUACUACGGCCCGAACCAUCAAGGACUAUAUCACAUCCCGCAGCCAUUGGGACCGGCAGAGGUAGCUACGCCGAUCCAUUACAACAGCCACGAUGAAAAUGGCUUGCAUUUCAGGUCUGCGUCGCAGCAGCUUGCUUCAUUGACCCUUGGGCCGCAGUACGAGAGUGCUCAUCCGCUGCAGCCACGUCAGUCUUCACGUGGAUUUAGGGAUAAGGCGCUCGCCAACGCCCAUACCACAUAUCUCGAACUUUUGGCGUAUCUGCACAAUCGGAAAAAGUCUGGCCAGAGCAAUCAAACGGGUGCAGUCAGGAACCAGUCAAAAAUGGUCAUCUUUCCGAAGCUGCCGAAGCCUUUGAGCCAAACCAGCUCAAAUGUUAUUCGCCGUCAGUCGCAAACUGCUAUGACCAGCGUACCCUUGGUCGAUGGUGGCUACGGUGCAGCUACGCAUCCUCGUGAUCUGAGCUUUCGUGAUCAACAUGCGGUCGCCAAUCAGGGUAUUGUUCGGACGGACAAUUCUGCUGGUCCUGCUUUCUACCAUCUGAUCAAUACGGGUAGCUCGCAUUUCCCACGGCAACAUGGGGUGAUGUCGCCGCUCGCUGGUGCCCAGGCUGCCGUCGAAAUGCUGCACAAUCUUUGUGAGCAGAGUGGUUGGAAGUGGGCUGAUGGUAUUCUGCUCGGUGGAUGUCUCCAUUACGGACUGGAACAAUAUGACAAGGCGCUUGAGUGGUUCCAGAGGAUCUUGGUCCUGGAUGAGAGUCACAUUGAGGCCAUCUCAAAUAUCGCAGCGACACUCUACAGUCUCAACAGGCAUGAACAGGCAGAAAAGCAGUGGCGAUACGCGAUUCAAAAACGGCCAGACUACCUCGAGGCUGCCGAGCAUCUUGUCGGUCUCCUCUGCUCGCACCAGAGGACCAGGGAAGCUGUAGAAGUAGUAGAAUUCGUUCAGCGAUCACUGCAACACAGCAAGCACCAAGCUGUCCGCGAAGAUCCCAGCCCCAAGCCCGCCACGAAGACCAUGGGGCAGCAGCAUGCCAGCCCACCAGGGAGUGCGAUCCAGACGGAUCUGCCCGGGCACGAGAUUGGUACUGAGGCGGCGGUCUCACAACCUGGCUUUGCGUCCAGUGGUUACCUCAUUCCUGGUAGCGAGAACGGAAGAAUGAUUGCCCUGAUUCACGCCAAAGGCAAUCUGUUGUACGCCUUGAAGGAUAUCGGUGGUGCCUCUGCAGCUUUCGAAGAGGUCGUCCUGCUGAGUGCCGGCCGUAAUUUUCGAUCUAUACAAUCGCUCAUCCGGAGAGUGAAAACCGUCCUCGCUCCACCAGGCUAUGAUGUGCGGCCGCCAUCCGGCCCAUUGCUUCUACCGCCAGAGGUCGCGAAGCAGACCGCCCAGAAAGUAUUCGGCAGCCACAGCUUUCAUGGUAGCCUGCCAGGUCUACGGUUUGUCACGGAUGGUCUACCAGCGAAAUCCGCCAUCUCGACAACAAGCAAUUCCCUUCUGUCACUAGCCAAAAUCUUUCAGGACUCCAUGUCGAAUGGCAUAUCGUCGCCAAGAGUGCGUCAGUCGUCUGGCGUAGGAGAUAUCCUUGCUUUGUAUUACUUGUCCUUGUCCCUGUCGGCAAGCCCUUCCACAGCGAACAACAUUGGUAUCCUUCUCGCCGGUGUCCAGCAAUGCCAAGCUACCAUCACACCGGCUCACACGACAACUCACCACCCCACGAUUCCGGGCAUUGUGCCUGGAAGUGGUCUUGCGCUGGCUUUGGCAUACUAUCAGUUCGGCUUGCAGUUGGACAACAAACAUGUUCAUCUCCAUACCAACCUUGGCAGUCUGCUCAAGGACGCGGGCCAGCUCGACCUCGCCAUACAAAUGUACGAGCGUGCCGUGGCCUGUGACGGCACGUUUGACAUUGCCCUCACCAAUCUGGCAAACGCCGUCAAGGACAGGGGGCGCGUCAGGGAUGCCAUCCAUUACUACAGACGCGCUGUCGACGCCAACCCACACUUUGCUGAAGCCGUGUGUGGGCUUGCCACCGCACUGAACUCAGUCUGUGACUGGCGUGGUCGUGGUGGUGUCUUUUCCAAAGGUGGGAAGCUUGAUCGGUGGCAUGUUAAUGAUGCUGGGAUGGUCGAAGACGCCAUGCUUCGAGGCUCUGGAGCAGGCUGGAUGAAGAAGGUUGUAGACAUUGUCACCCGACAACUCACUGAAGCUUCCCACUGGGGCGUAGGCGUUCUGCAGCCUGAGACCAUCAGCGCCUUGACACAACAGCUAACGACUAUUUGCCAAGCGAAUGAUCCUAUGGAGGAUAUCGACCUUAAGAAGAAGCUGUCCGGAUGGGCAGGACAAAAGUGGGAAGGCUCUCGAGUUCUACGCCUUGUGGAGCGCGGCAUAAGAAUGGCCAUGUGGAAUUGGUAUCAGGACAAGUAUAUCCGCGGACGACGCGUGUCUGAGGCAGAUUUCCCGCGCCCACGACUUCCGAAUGCGCUUUCAGUGCCAUCUGCCCCCACGGUCUUGCCUUUCCACACGUUCACAUGUCCCUUGACAGCCAAGGAUAUCCGCAUGAUUUCGCAACGAAAUGCCGCAAGGAUCUCAUGCUCGACUCUGAAGGCACCAUGGUUACCUGCUACAGUCUAUCCACCGCCACCGCCUCCGCGACCGCAGCUGAACAUUGGGUAUGUCUCGUCAGAUUUCAACAACCACCCACUGGCACAUCUGAUGCAAUCCGUGUUCGGCUUCCACGACCCUUCUCGGGCAAAGGCCUUUUGCUAUGCUACCACGCCCAGCGACGGGACAGAACACCGCCUCCAGAUAGAGCAGCAAGCCCCGGUGUUUCGAGAUGUAAGCACGUGGCCUUCAGAGCGCCUCGUCGACCAGAUUGUCCAGGAUCAGAUCCAUAUUCUUGUCAACCUCAACGGCUACACUCGAGGUGCUCGAAACGAGGUCUUCGCCGCGAGGCCCGCGCCGAUUCAAAUGUCAUUCAUGGGUUUCGCCGGGACCCUGGGAGCCGAAUGGUGUGACUAUCUGCUGGCAGACGAGACUGCGAUUCCUGCUUCAACCCUGCGCCCAGUGAGGAGCAAUCUGAACCUCGAGGACAUAUUUGACGACGAAGAGCUCGCCGAAGCGGACGACUGGAUGUAUCCUGAAAACAUCAUCUUCUGUCGGGACACUUUCUUCUGUUGCGAUCAUGCUCAGUCCUGCGGAGCUCGUGAGAGACAAGUUACGUGGGAGGAUGAGCAAUUACGAAGGUGGCAGAUGAGACGCGAGAUCUUCCCGAACAUCCCCGAUAAUACUAUUAUCCUCGGAAACUUCAAUCAACUGUACAAGAUUGAGCCAUCCACAUUUAGAACAUGGCUGAGGAUCCUGUCCAACGUACCGAAUGCCAUUCUGUGGCUACUGAAGUUCCCGGAGCUUGGAGAGAAGAACCUCAAGAGGACCGCCGCGGAAUGGGCUGGUGACGAGGUCGCCAGUCGCAUCUACUUUACAGAAGUCGCACCCAAGCAACAACAUAUCGCGCGGGCGAGGGUUUGCGACCUCUUUCUGGACACUCCUGAAUGCAACGGCCACACGACGGCGGCGGAUGUGUUGUGGUCAAGCACACCUCUCCUUACCUUACCGCGAUACGAGUACAAGAUGUGCUCGCGCAUGGCUGCUUCAAUCUUGAAGGGCGCCCUCCCCAAAGAUCAAAAGGGUGUUGACGUUGCCCAUGAGUUGAUUGCUGCUGACGAUGCCGAGUACGAGAUUGUCGCCACAAGGCUGGCUGGCGGCCUGACUUAUCACUCUACGAACAAGCCAUAUCGCGAGGGGCGCGGUCGACUGGCCGAGAUGCGCAAGGUUCUCUUUGACGCGAAGUGGACUUGUGCUCUAUUCGACACACGAAGAUGGGUUCGGGACCUUGAGGAAGCGUAUGAUGAAGCGUGGCGGCGUUGGGAAUCUGGGGAAGGUGGCGAUAUCCAUCUCUGA